AUGGCUCUGAGAUCAACAGUUAGCCCUACGUUGGAUUUCUACCCGAAAUUGGAGCUAAUGGAUGAGAAAUUUAUCAAAGAAAUAGUAGAAAAUACAGUUGAUUGGGCGCAUCAGGCACAUGGUAUGGUGAUGCGAACAAGAAAAGCACCUAAUCGCAGCGAUAUAUGUCAAAGCGCUCCUUGUACUCUCUUCCCUUCACCAUUUCCGUCAAAUUUAUUUCAAGAGGCUAUUGAUAUUCAGCAGGCAUUCAGUUUACUUUAUUUCCGAGUGUCAUGGGAUUUUGAUUUCUUAAUCAAAGCACAUGUUGAAGUGAUCAAAACAGAUGAGUUUACGAGACAUUUGGUCGAAAUUCUUAAAGAUGUAUGGGAUGCAGGCAUUUGGCAAAAAAAGACGUUGUUGAUACAGAGGAACGAUUACAUGUGUCAUGAAGAUGUUCAUGGAAAUCGUUUUUUAAAACAGAUCGAAGUAAAUAACAUCGCGGCAAGCAUGGGUUCGCUUGCUGCGCUAACUAGUUGCAUGCAUAGAAGAUUACUGGAAACAAUGCGGAUUCCUAAGGAUAUUAUUAAGAUAGCUGUUCCAGAAAAUCGUGCCGUAGAUACUAUAUCUGAAGGAAUCUUUGAAGCAUGGCGUGAUUAUGGAAUGAACGAAGCAGUUGUAUUGUUCGUGGUGGAAGAUGUAAGUCAGAAUCAAAUCGAUCAAAGACAUAUUGAAUAUCGCCUUGAAAACAUAAGCAAUAGGCGUACGCGAUGUUUACGCAUCACAUUAACCGAUGGUGCAGAACGGUUAACAGUCGCCGAAAAUCAUCACCUUUUAUUGGAUAACAAGUUUCAUGUAGCUGUUGUCUAUUUUCGAGCUGGUUACUCGCCAGAACAUUAUCAGACAGCAAGAGAAUGGAUCACACGUCGAAACAUUGAAUUGUCUGAUGCAAUAAAAUGUCCGUGGAUUGGUUUGCAGCUGGCAAAUACGAAAAAGGUUCAACAGCUUUUGUCGGAAAAAGGUAUUCUGGAAAAGUAUAUAACUGAUGAUAGACUAUGCGAAAGAAUCAAAAAAACAUUCGCAGGCUUGUGGAGCUUGGAAAAUGAUGAUAUUGAAACCAGAAAGAUAAUCAAUAAUGCAAUAGCAGAUCCUGAGAAAUUUGUCUUGAAACCUCAAUUAGAAGGUGGAGCGGGCAACUAUUAUGGGCAAGAAGUUGCUGAGCAAUUGAAAACUAUGAAUAAAGAAGAAAUUGCGGCGCUUACAUUGAUGGAACGCAUAACGCCAAUGGUUGUUAAGAACUACUUGAUUCGACCCGAGGAAGAACCGGUCAUGGUGGAUAUAGUUGGAGAAUUGGGCAUCUAUGCUUAUGUUUAUGGUUCUCCUGCGAUCGGUACUUCACAGGAAGAAGUUAUCACGAAUCAUGUUGGGGGACACAUUGUUAGAAGCAAAGGCAAAAACGUCGACAAAGGAGGAAUCGCUAUUGGAGCUGCGGUGGUUGACUCGCCUUACCUAUUUUAA